AUGGUAGAUGCCUAUACCAAGGAGUCCCGACUGGAGAUGUAUAGGGAACAGGGUGCCGCUAAGGAGGAGAAGGAGAGGAGGGAAAGGAAGAGGCUAGGUUUGGAAGCGAAACCACCUCGGAAGGUCCCGGAGGCGAUGAAUCAGCGAGGGGAGAUACGUCAGUGUAAUGAAGGGAAGUAUAACUUCCAUAUUGAUGAGUUUGGUACUCCUGGUAUGGUGGUGAUGGAGAUAGACAUACCGGCUUUCAUGGACACCAGCUUCAUCGAUGUGGACAUCCAACCUAAUUAUGUUAGGUGUGUUACCAAGGAGAAGCUGACGCAGUUGCGAACGCCGUGUGAGGUCGUGGUCCAUGCGUCUACAGUGAAGCGAAGCAGCACGACGGGUGCUCUAAGAAUAGAAAUGCCCCGUGCUGAUCAAUCAGAGAUGCUAAGGGUGAAAGAAAAAGAGGAGAAACCGAAGCAGGGAUGUGGAAGGGGAUACUCUGAUGAAGGAAGUGCAUGA